AUGGCAUCCGAUCGACCUACCGCACCGCCCUCCAUCUCGUCCACCCGAGCUCCCGGGUAUGACCGGUCGUUUAUCCCGAAACCUGCUCAACCUAUCGGUAGCGUCUUCAAGGAUGUCGAAAAGUUUCCUCAGAACAAGGAGGUUCCCAGGUUGUUUCAAGAGCUGGAGAUCCGGGGAGUCAAAUUUCAUAACAGGAUGAUGGCUGCUCCCAUGUGCCAAUACUCUUCGGACAACGGUCAUGCCACCGACUGGCACCUCGUCCACCUCGGUUCGUUGGCUGCUCGGGGUAUCGGUGCCAUCUGCAUAGAAGCCACUGCCGUUGUACCAGAAGGGCGUAUAUCCCCUGAGGAUGCAGGGUUGUGGGCUGACAGCCAGAUCGCCCCGCUCAAGCGGAUCGUCGAUUUCGUCCGCUCUCAAGGUGUUCCUAUCGGAAUCCAACUCGCACACGCCGGAAGGAAAGCUUCUACGCUCAGUCCUUGGGUUCAGGAAAGAGCCAGUGCUUUGUACGCUAGCGAGGGGAAGGAGAAUGUCAAGGGAGGACAUGUCGCUAGCAAGGAAGCUGGUGGAUGGCCUGAUAACGUCCAAGCCGCCUCGACGAUCCCCUUCUCUGACGGAUAUCCUCAGCCGCAAGCCAUGACUUCGGAAAAGAUCGAGGAAUUCAAAAAGGCCUUCUCGGAUGCCGUUGAUAGGUGCAACGAGAUCGGUUUCGACUUUAUCGAGAUCCACGGAGCCCAUGGGUAUUUGUUGCAUAACUUCCUGUCGCCUAUCUCCAACGAUCGCAAGGACCAGUACGGAGGAUCGCUCGAGAACCGAUUGCGCCUCGCGCUCGAGAUUACCGAUAUCGCGCGCUCCAAAUGGGAGAAGCCGCUGAUGUUUCGGGUCUCGGCUACGGACUGGUAUGACGGGACCGAGCGGGCUGACGAUGCCAACGUCAAGGACAAUGAAGGCCAUGGAGAAUGGAGAUUCUGGGGCCUGGACCAGACGACCAUCUUGACCAAGCAACUACGCGACCGUGGUGUCGAUCUCAUCGACAUCAGUUCUGGAGGCAACUACGCUGGCCAGAAGAUCCCGAUCCGACCCGGAUACCAGGUACCGUUUGCGGCUCAUAUAAAGCAAGAAGUCCCAGGCAUCCUAGUCGGCUGCGUCGGUCUGAUCACCGAAGCCAAGCAAGCCAAUGACAUUCUCGACAAGGACGAGGCGGACGUCAUCUUCUUGGCUCGAGAGCUCUUGAGACACGCCGAUUUCCCUCUUGUCUGUGCGCAGGACUUGGAGGUGGCGGUUCAGGCUGCACCUCAGUACGAGAGAGCAUGGACGAGGAUGUACAAGCCCGUCGAAAAGUAG